ACACCCCGGAGCUGGUCUGAAAUACUCCCAGGCCUUCCUCUUGGUUCUGUCUUCACUAAUGCUGGCCUGCACUCCUUUAAACUGGGGGCCCUAAGGCUGGAAUCUCAAAAUACACCCCACAGGCCACUCGUCCGUGGCUCAUUCCAGCAUUCCAGGGAGGGCCUGCUGACCUGAAGGUAUCCUCUGGCCUCCGGUCUGAGUCACUCUGCUUCAGGUCAAAAGACCAGAGAAGAUUCGGUGUCAGGACCUGCCACUGGUGAAGUGCCUGCCGCCUGAGGAAGAGUCUGCUGAGGGCACGGGUCAUGGACUUCAUCACCUCCACGGCCAUUCUGCCCCUGCUCCUGGGCUGCGUGGGCCUCUUCAGCCUCUUCAAGCUGCUUCAGUGGCUGCGCAUGAGGGCCUACGUCCGGAACGCCGUGGUGGUCAUCACCGGCGCCACGUCGGGCCUGGGCCGAGAAUGUGCCAGAGUUUUUCACGCUGCGGGUGCUAGGCUGGUGCUCUGUGGCCGGAACGCCGAGGCCCUGGAGGAGCUCAGCCAAGAACUUGCUGCUUCCCGGACUCCGGAGGUGCAGACACACAAGCCUUAUACGGUGACCUUCGACCUCGCAGACCCUGGAGCCAUAGCAGGGGCUGCCUCCAAGAUCCUGCAAUGCUUUGGCCACGUGGACGUGCUCAUCAAUAACGCUGGGAUCAGCUACCGAGGUGCCAUUGUGGAUACCAGCCCAGACGUGGAUAAGAGAGUGAUGGAGACAAACUACUUUGGUCCAGUAGCUCUGACAAAGGCACUCCUGCCUGCCAUGAUCAGAAGGCGCCAGGGCCACGUGGUUGCGAUCAGCAGCAUCCAGGGCAAGAUCAGCCUGCCUUUCCGAUCCGCGUACGCGGCCUCCAAACACGCAACCCAGGCCUUCUUUGACUGUCUGCGGGCUGAGGUGGAGCAGCAUGACAUCGAGGUGACGGUCAUCAGCCCUGGGUACAUCCACACCAAUCUCUCCCUUAACGCAGUCACAGCCGACGGAUCCAAGUAUGGAGUGAUGGAUGAGACCACGGCCCAGGGCCGAAGUCCUGUGCAGGUGGCCCAAGACGUCCUGGCUGCUCUGGGGAAGAAGAAGAAGGAUGUGGUGCUGGCCGACCUGAUGCCGUCCCUGGCUGUUUACCUUCGAACUCUGGCUCCUGGGCUCUUCUUUAGACUCAUGGCCUCCCGGGCCAGGAAGGAGCGGAAGUCCAAGCACAGCUAGUGCCCGUCCUGGUGGCCAGGUGGGGCAGUCGCUGCUCCAUGGGGACUGUGUUGGACUUCUGCCUCCCGGGUGGGGAAGGAGGGAGACACACUCCCCCUGCAGGCUCCUGGCCAGGCCUGCUGGCAGGGGACGGGAACUAGGAGGACAUCUGGGAACCAGGAGGGGUGAGGACAGCUUCCUCCAGGUGGAGGGUCUAAACUCUGGGACAUGAAAUAAAGGAAGGAGCCUGGGAGCUGUGGUCCCUGAGGGCAGGCAGAA